AUGGACCUUCCUAAAGACCCUGUCUCUUUAUUCCAGCUAUUCUGUCCCGUAUCGCUAGUUGAAGAGUGGGUUGGCUGGACCAACAGCAAUGUUGCACUCCUUUUAACGAAGGAAUUACCGCCAAAACCCCUUGCAAGCUGGCAGCAGACGACUGUCGCAGAAGUGUAUAUAUGGCUCGCAAUCCUAAUUUAUAUUGGAAUUCACAAGGAAAAACGCGUCUCCGACUACUGGAUUACUCCUAAGCCAGGAGAGCUCAAGCUAGUACAUCCAGUCACGAAAUGGAUGACUUAUCCCCGAUUCCAGCAACUUUUUCAAUUCCUUCGCAUCUCUCCACCGUCCGAAUCCAAUACCACUAGAUCUGUCGAACGCACGAUAUCGCAGGUAUCCCGAUGGUCAGAGCACAUACAAGCAGUCUCCUCUGAUCUCUUUGUGCCAGGUAAACACAUCGCCAUAGAUAAGUGUGUGAUCCGAUUUAAAGCGGGCUCAAGAAAACUUGGUCCAAAAGGCAUCAAAGCUUGGGUUGUUGCACAAGAGGGCUAUUUUGUGCGGUGGAAAUUCGACAUUCCGGACUCAAGGCCUCGAAAACAAGGUAUUCUAGCCAGAACGCAAACCAACAAGCAUCGAUUGGCAAAGACACAAGCCGCGGUAUUAGACCUAAUAUUGCAACUUCCAAUUACCAGCUAUCGGGUCUUUUUUGACGAUCUCUUUACAACGCCACAGUUGCUACGCGCCUUACGAGAUCACGGUGUUGUAUCCACGGGCGCGGCUCGUCUAAAUGGUGGCAUUGAUCCUCCUUUCGCUCUGGUUAAAAGCCAAGAUAGCAGGGGUCAAGUACAGUGGAAGAUCGAUGGGCCACGAGCAGAUGAUCAGGUAAUCUAUCUAGGUAUCUCACCUAGUAUUGCCCAUAUUAAUUUAUUCGUUUACAGGCAAACCCGGCUGCUUGGAAGGAUAAUGCUCUGGUGUUAUUUCUCAACUCUUUUCUUGAUGGCAGCAACACUCAGGAAACUCAGCGACGCCGAUCAAGUUCAACGAAGGCAAGAGCACAACAAGAACCGGGGCUUUUUGGUACUGCCUCAGAGAUGGUCAUGCAGAUGCCUUCCAUUGCUGUUUGCUACAACGAACGCAUGA